AUGUCUAGUGAGCUGAAAACUACUUCGUUCGAUCUUGAACCCAACCCUUUUGAAAGGUCUUUCGCCACUGAGAAGGAAUCACCUAACAAUGGAACGGGAAGCAAUAGACACAACCUUAGAAUACCAAAUAUUUCUAAUUUGAACCUACCUUCAAAACUCCCAGGAAUAACUCCAACUGGGUUUACUUCCGCUGACAGGAAGUUACCUCCAUUGUCUCUUUCGCCAGGUGGCACUUCUGCACCAGGGACUCCGGUAAGCAUGUGGAACAGUCUACUCAGUGCGUCGAAUCAAAAUCAGAAUUCUAACCAGGGUCAUGGUCAAGUACAAAACCCAAACUCAAAUGCUGGCCAAAACCAGAUUCAGAAUUCUAAUCUUAAUCAAAUUCAAAAUGGCAAUACAAACGCAAAUGUUAUCCAAAAUCACCAGAAGACGCCAUCAGUUGGAAUGACAGCUACUCCUUCAGUUAAUAUCCAUCAAAAUGCGCCAGGAAAUGACCAACAUUACAACCAGAACUUCAACCAAUUUGUGAGUAAUCUCAGGAAAACAGGAUUAACUCCCAACGAGUCCAAUCUCAGAUCAGGCUUGACUCCAGGAGGAGCGGGUGGCUUCCCAUUUGGCAAUCAACUUCCCGGUCUUACUACCCCUAGUGCGUUGCUCAACAGUCCUAUGACACCAGGGUUAUCGAGUUUGUUAGGUAUUACUCUGAAUCAAUUGAGCAACGCUAAUAAUAAUGCACACCAUCCGAUUCAGCAACAGCAACAGCAACAACAGCAGCAGGUUCCACCCCAACUUCCACCUCACCAAGCUAACCUUCAAGGCAAUAUGAUUCAGGCACCUAUUAUGAAUAAUUCUGGAAUCAUUAAUAACAUGCCUAGUACUAUCAAGGAGAAGUCGGAAUCAAAAGUUUCUAAAAAACUGGAGAAUUCAAAAGAGCCUGGUGCUGACUCUAAUACCUCUGCCCCUACUUCUAAAAAGAGGAAGAGCAAUGCUGAAAAGACCACCGCUAAUAAGAAGAAAAAGAAUGAAGUCAAAAAGGAAAAAGCAAAUCUGGAAAUUGAUUCAAAAAGUAAAAAGAAGAAGCCUGAAGAGGAUAAAGAAAAUGACAAUAACAGUAUUGAAGAUGAUGAAAUAAAUGAGGCUACGACGGAAGAAGAGAAGAGAAAGAUCUUUUUAGAGAGAAAUAGAGUUGCUGCAUCGAAAUGUAGACAAAGGAAGAAGCAACUUGUUCAGAAAAUGGAAGAUGAACUCUCGUUUUACUCUACUGGAUAUAGAGAAGUUUCAGCUCAAAUGUCACAGUUGAGAAACCACCUUCUCAAUUUGAGAUAUAUUAUACAAGGUCAUAAAGAUUGUCCAGUUUUUCUUAAUUCUGUUGGGGGAUUUGAAAAUUUCAAUAACAUAAUCCAGCAGACAAACUACUUAUGCGAAGUGACAGGAAAUUCCGCAAAUGUGUCAUCUAUUCCAAGUACUAUCCCUACCGUUUUAAAUGCAGAUCAUCCAGCAGUCGGGCUCGCACCACAAGCAGAACAACAGGGACAGCCAAUGCAACCAAUACAACAGGGUCAGCCAAUACAACAGCAGCCACAGCAACAGCAAGUUCCACCCCCCAACGGCUUAAUACAAUCUAAUCCUUCCACGAUUCAAGACACAGGAUCCUCACAAUCGGGAGACAAUGAAGUUGCUUCGCACCAGAGUCUCCCAGAGGUAUCGCAAAAUGGGAACAGCAAUGUAGGCGACAACGGAUACAUUAGAAACAUAAACUCAAUGACCAACAUUGCGUCCGCUAAUAAUCAAAGGGUUUCAGGAAAUGGUGGAGUUUCUGUGGAAAAUGGGGAUUUUUCGUUGAGACCGGUGGUGAGCAUGAUAGACUUACAGAGCCAAGCCCAAGUGCAACCUCAGGCGAAUAGAGAUAGCCAGCAGCCAACAAAUGGGUUUGAUCUCAAUCAGCCCAACGGGGUAAUACAGAUGACGCAUCAGUAG